AUGGGCUCAUCAUACUCAAAACAACCAUCUAUCUGCGAUUAGACUAGAAUUCAGAGGGAUAAAUGCAUCUUUAAAAACGGCGAAAGCAACUGCAUCAAUGAGAUAGCCUAACACACUUCAUGCAUGAAGGAUAAAGGCUUUGCACUUAAAAGUUGA